AUGGUGCUGAGCACUGAUAAUAUAUAUAAUAAACCUAUUGCUGCCAUGAUUUGCACCACUAUCGUCCUUGCAGUUUCCCCUGUCCUUGGAGUUCCGGUACCCGACACAGCCCGGAGAGCAGUGUUUCCGGGGCCAGAACCAGGGUCCAGGACUUGCACUUCCUCCUGGAAGCUUCGAAUCCACUCGAACGACGACCACAGCUACUCUUACGACUUCCCUGGCUCUGUCAUAUCCGAGAAACUAGAGCUACUGCGGCUCCUGUGGUGCCCGACAGCGCCAGCCCGUACUGCAGUCAUCGGCACUGCCUUUGAAGACGGCCUCCAAGACGGGCUCAAGUUCAUCGCAUCGGAGCUCUUUGGCGGGCCCAAUUCGGGAAGUACUAAACGCGAAAUGCCAGAUAUCGCGCGUCCGGACUCCGGACCUCGCGUCGUUCUUCCUCCCUCUGCCAUCCCUCAAGCGACCACCACGGCUGCCUCCAGUGCAUCCGCUAUCGCAUCACAUUCGUCCGCGUUUCGCUUCGCCCCCUCCAUCCCCUCCGUCGGCUCGAUUCCGAGUCCAACCAUCCCCCCUUUCUUGAUUGAUGGGCAGGCAAACGGGUAG